CACCGCACAUCGAAAACAUUUUUCGUAUUUAUAUUUAUUAUUCAUGGGAAAAGUUUCAGGUGGGGGUGGGAUGUGAGAUGUUGCUUUGAGGUCGGUGUGAGGCGCGCUCUAUAAGAAGCAUAUCCCGGUGAGGAAAGGAGGGAAAGCUCAGCGAUGACUCGAUGAGUUGAAAAUUCCCUCGCCUAAAAUCCGAAGCGAACGAAACAUGGGCCUGCAACUCUAACUGAAAGACGCAUAGUUACACACAUACAAUUUGCAAUGUUUUCCAUUGCUGCCAUCAAUGACACUGAUUCCAGGGGUCAGUGGGAACCUUUGGCCCCCACCAAGGAAGCUCAGGAAUUUCAUCUUUCACAAACUUACCACGAAGGACUCCUUAAGUUACAAUCCAAAGAAUAUGCAAAAGCUCGUGAACUUUUAGAAGCUGUUCUUAAAGAUCCUCUGAUAUCGAGUGCUCAGGUGGAUGACAGUGCUAGUGAUGGUCAUAUGUUACAGCUGAGGUUUUUGGCACUGAAGAAUCUUGCCACUGUUUUUGUUCAACAAGGCUCUCUGCAUUAUGAGAGUGCCCUUCAUUGCUAUCUUCAAGCAGUAGAGAUUGAUACCAAAGACUCUGUUGUCUGGAAUCAGCUUGGAACAUUAUCAUGUUCUAUGGGUUUAUUGAGUAUUUCACGUUGGGCAUUUGAGCAGGGGCUUUCUUGCAGCCCCAACAAUUGGAACUGCAUGGAGAAGCUGUUAGAAGUCCUGAUUGCUAUUGGUGAUGAGGUUUCUUGUCUUUCUGUGGCGGAGUUGAUUUUGAGGCAUUGGCCAUCACAUUCUCGUGCUUUGCAUGUCAAAAAUACCAUUGAGGAGUCAGAACCAGUUCCCUUUGCACCAAGAGGUAUAGAUAAAUUGGAACCAAAGCAUGUCAGGCUGAAGUUUCCUGAGAAGAGAAAAGCAAUGGAUGAGGAUAUAAGUGAAGGGGUUGCAUCGAAAAGGUGUAGUCAGAAUAUAGAAUUGCAUUUAACAGAAGCAUCCUGGGCAGCUCUUGCAGAUGCUAUUUUGGGAGCCUUACUCCCAGUAAAUAGGCAUGGCUCUGAGCCAGAGGCUGGGCAUAAUCAAGAUGAUCAAGUAAAUGACAAGCUCAUCUCAAAACGUGCUAAGGUUCCUGUGCCCAAUUUAGAUGCAAGUGGAAGUAGUUUGGAGAUUCAUGAAGCAUCAGAAAGCAACAGUGGGGGGAAGUUGUAUCGAAGUGGAGAUAUCAGAUUAAGCAUACACUUGCAUCCUUCAGAUGUUGUUAUGGGAUCUACAGAAGGAAAAGGACCGAGUGUCAUCCCAGCUGGUGAAAAUGUGCAUCCGAGUGAUUAUAACACUGACAAAUCUACUACUGUGAAAGAAAAAGAAGGUGGUGUAUAUGAAGAACAUCCUCAUGAAAGGCGGAGUUCUCGUCUUGAAAGGCUUAGAAGUCGUAAACCAGGGAAAGAAGAGCUGGACUUUGCCACCAGCAAGGAUAUGGCAAAAGUUGUUAUUCAAUUUCUAGAACCUUUUGUUGUUGGCAAAUCAGUAACCAAAAAUUCUGAUCAUGCUGCAAGAUGUGUUCCUUGUCCUGAUAAUCUGGACAAUACCUUAUUUACCGAACAUAAUGACAUCGGAAGGUUUGUCAUGGAAACCAAAAAAAAUUAUGGUGCAUACCAUAUGGGCCACUUGCUCUUGGAAGAUAUAGCACAUAGACUCCCUCCAUACCAGGAAGCCUUCAUCAAACUUCUGGAGUUGGAGAAGUUGACACGGCACUGGGGACAGGACAGGACUCCUGAAUGUAGUCUUUUUCUUGCUGAACUAUAUUAUGAUCUUGGAUCAUGUUCUGCCAAUGAGUCCAGGCGUUCAGAGUUCAUAUGUGAAGCACCUUAUCAUCUUUGUAAGGUUGUUGAGAUGGUAGCAGUAGAUUAUCCAGUAUACUCGAGUUUUGCACUUAAUGUUGACAGUGAUAUGGGCACUAGCAUAAGUGAUCUUAACAAAAGUGUAGUGCAGUCAGAGCAUUUAUCUUGGAAUGAAAAUGAUAGUUAUCAUGACAUUGGCAGGUUAUUGGCAAAUAGUUCUGUUCAUAAGGAGACACAUUUGCAUGGUUCUAUCUUAAGCGGUAAAAGUUCCUUUUGGGUCCGUUUUUUCUGGCUAAGUGGUCGCUUAUCCGUUUUGUCUGGUGAAAAGGAAAAAGCUCAUGAAGAAUUUUGUAUUUCAUUGUCACUUCUGAGCAAUAAUACAAGUACACAUAAUCCUCCAGGUUCUGUGGUCCUCCCACAUUGCAAGCUUGUCAGAGAGUUAUCCCCUGAAAGAAUUCUUCAUGAAAUUCACCUAUUGAAAGUUGAUUCCUUAUUGAAGAAGACUAUUGGUGAGAUGAUUGAUAAAGAAAUGUAUUUGGAAUGUGUAAGUUUGCUUUCUCCACUUCUCCUCUCUACUAAAGAUGUUUACCUUGACUUAUUACCUAUUGCCUAUAAAGAAAACGAGGGAGUAGCAUCGAUUGAAUUAUUGGCAUUAGAUGUUUUAAUCUCAGCAUGUGAAAAGGCAAAACCAAUGGCUAUUGAAGCAUAUUUGAAUUGUCACGAGCGGAAACUUCAAGUUCUUACUGUUGCUGCUGGUAUGGCAGAAUAUCCUGCUUCGUGUAAAGCCUUCAACAAGAAGUCGAUGUCAAAAACAGUUCUUACUUCUGAAUUAGAAUCAGUAGAAUCCACAGGCAAGUACUGGUAUAACUUGGUUGUAGAGGAAGUUAAGGCAAUAUCCCAAAGUGUGUCACAAGUGAAGAAUUUCAUUGAUCAAUCAGGCACUUCUGAAGGUUUUUGUGUUCCUGUUGGUAGUAUUGGCAAUAUUCAAUCCUUGCUCUUGACAGUAAUGUGCAACAUUGUGAGCAUACUCCUGUGUAAGAAAUCCUCUGGGUUAGGAACUGUGGAUCAAACUGAACAACAGGAAAGCCGUUGUUUUGUAGAUGCAGCCAUUGCAUUUUGCAAACUUCAACACCUUGACCAAACUGUACCUGUUAAAAGUCAGGUUGAACUAAUCGUGGCGAUCCAUGACUUGCUAGCUGAAUAUGGACUCUGUUGUGCUGGUAAAGAUAGUGAGGGGGAGGAAGGAACGUUUCUUAAGCUUGCUAUAAAGCAUCUCUUAGCAUUGGAUAUGAAGCUCAAGUCUGGUUUCCAUUCAAAUAAGGGAUUGGAUGGAACUCAAUGUGAUGAGUUGCUUUCCCAUAGUAAUCAUGUAACGAUAUCACAAAAUGAAUUACCGUUGAGUGCUCCUCUAGGUGUGGAAGCAGUACUUAUUGGAAAACAUGAAACUGGUGGAGCUGAGAAGGAUGUUCUGGAAGAAAUGACUUCAGAAGGUGUCUUGGCUCAUGAUAGUCUAGAGAAGGAAAAUGCAGGAAGAGAAUGUGGAAAGCAUGACAAUGAUGACAAAUUUCAACAUCUUAAAGGAGAACAAGUGAGAGAUCCAAUUACUGAAUGUGGAAACCAUCUUGUCGAUGUUGAGAGGAAGAAGAUUGAAUUGGGAAUAGAUAAUGCUUUAGACCAGAGCUUUUUCUGUCUAUAUGGUCUGAACCUCAGAUCUCCAGAUUCAUCCAAUGAAGAUGACCUAGCCAUACACAAAAAUACUAGUCGUGGAGACUAUCAGACCAAGGAACAGUGUGCUGAUGUUUUUCAGUAUAUAUUACCUUAUGCAAAGGCUUCAUCUAGAGCAGGCUUGGUGAAACUUCGAAGAGUAUUAAGAGCUAUACGUAAACACUUUCCGCAACCACCACUAGACAUUUUGGCUGAAAAUUCAAUUGAUAACUUUUUAGAUAAUCCUGAUUUAUGUGAAGAUAAGCUCUCAGAAGAGGCUGGGUCUGAUGGAUUUCUUGAGUCUGUAAUGAGUAUAAUGUUUCCUAAAGGAAGAACCCUCAAACAGUGCAAGUCAUUAUCUGUAUGGAGCUCUGAGCCAUAUUCGGAAGUUUAUGGUAACUUGUAUUAUUUCCUUGCUCAAGCUGAGGAAAUGAGUGCAACUGAUAAAUGGCCUGGUUUUGUACUCACCAAGGAAGGUGAAGAAUUUGUAGAGCAAAAUACGAACCUCUUCAAAUAUGAUUUACUGUACAAUCCUUUACGCUUUGAGAGCUGGCAACGACUUGCAAACAUCUAUGAUGAAGAGGUGGACUUGUUGCUGAAUGAUGGCAGUAAACACAUAAAUGUUGUGGGAUGGAGGAAAAAUUCUACUCUGCCUCAAAGGGUUGAGACAAGUCGAAGAAGGAGCAGGCGAUGUUUAUUAAUGAGUUUGGCUUUGGCAAGGACUCCAGUUCAGCAGAGUGAGAUACAUGAGUUAUUGGCAUUAGUUUACUAUGAUGGCAUUCAGAAUGUUGUACCAUUCUAUGAUCAGCGAUCUGUUACACCUACAAGAGACACAGAAUGGAUGAUGUUCUGUCAGAAUGCAAUGAAACACUUUGAGAAGGCUUUUGCACAGAAGCAAGAAUGGUCAUAUGCAUUCUACUUGGGGAAGCUUUGUGAAAAGCUAGGAUAUUCACAUGAGAAAUCUUUUUCAUAUUAUGACAAGGCUAUCACUUUGAAUUUGUCGGCAGUAGAUCCUGUGUAUAGGAUGCACGCAUCACGUCUCAAGUUACUUUGUUCAUGCGGUAAACAGGAUCUAGAAGCCCUCCAGGUUGUUGCAAAGUAUUGCUUUAGUCAAUCAACAAAGGAGACUGUAAUGAAUAUCUUAGGUGGAACUGCUGUUGACAUUCCGCAGUUGCCGAUGGAUGAUAAGGAUGAAAGCAAACAAAUUGCUUUGGAGGAGAGAAAGCAUGUGGAAUCUCCUGAUAAGGACAAAGUAUGGCACAUUCUAUAUAACGAUUGCCUUUCUGCCCUUGACAUCUGUAUAGAAGGGGAUCUCAAGCAUUUCCAUAAGGCAAGAUAUAUGCUUGCCCAAGGAUUUUAUAGAAGGGGGGAGAGUGGGGAUUUGGAGAGGGCAAGGGAGGAACUUUCAUUUUGCUUCAAAUCAUCUCGCUCCUCCUUUACGAUUAAUAUGUGGGAGAUUGAUGGCAUGGUAAAAAAGGGAAGGCGAAAAACACCAGGCCUUACUGGAAGCAAAAGGGCACUGGAAGUUAACUUACCAGAAAGUUCUCGGAAAUUUAUUACCUGCAUUCGGAAGUACACAUUGCUCUAUUUGAAAUUGUUGGAAGAGACUGAAGACUUGUGUACCCUUGACCGCGCUUACGUAUCUCUUCGGUCAGAUAAGAGGUUUUCAUUGUGUCUUGAAGAUAUUGUUCCAGUUGCCCUUGGAAGAUAUAUUCAAGCACAAAUUGCAGCUAUUCGUCAAGCUGAGAACCUUGGAUCUUGUGCUGUCAAUAGCUCUGUUGAGCAUCUGAUGGAGAGGAUGUUCAACUUAUUCAUGGACCAGGGAAACUUGUGUACAGAUAUAAGCAGUUUACCUGAAAUCAAGAGUUCAGAGUUAUUUGAGAAUAGUUUCUAUGGUUACCUCCAUCAGUAUAUCAAGUCAUUAGAGAGGGAUGUCAAAUUGGAUAUUCUUGAAGGAAUAAAUGAGAAGAUCCGGAAGCGUUUUAAGAACCCUAAACUUUCAAAUAGUAAUUGUGCUAAAGUAUGCAGGCAUGCUUCUGCAGCUUGGUGUCGAUCUAUUGUGGUGAGCUUGGUCCUGAUCACUCCAUUGCGUGCUGAAGGCUCAAAUGGAGCUCAGGUUUCUGAUCCAGCAGCUGGUGGCUCAGAAAAUAAUGUACACCUUUGUGUUGAUCUUCAAGAGAAUGAGCUAUGGCAUUCAUCAUUUGAAGACCCAGCUACUUUAAAGGACCUUGAAACAAAAUGGAACCAUGUCUUGUCCAAAAUCAAGAGCAUCAUAAUAAAGAAAGCAUCCGAGGAAAAUAUGGAUACUGCUAAUGCUUUAUUAAGAUGUUCAUACAAUUUCUAUCGGGAGAGUUCCUGUGGUAUUCUUCCAUCAGGCAUUAACCUGUAUACAGUGCCAUCUCGGUUGACAGUAGAAGGCCCAUUUCAACCAGGCAUGGAUGGGGUUGACAUUGUUGAUCUCAGCAUCCCUAGGAAGCUUCUUCUAUGGGCAUAUACGCUGGUGCAUGGUCGUUACUCAAACAUAUUGGCUGUUGUAAAGCAUUGCGAAGAAAAUGCAAAGUCAAGGAUGAAAAGGGGAAUUGGGGCAUCAUCUGCGUCCUCACAUACAACGGUUCCAUCUUCUGCUGCUGCUAAUACAGGUGGUGGUAAAGAGAGAGUUAGUCAUGAGGAAUGUGUUGAAGCUGAGGAUAACCAGUCAACUAAAGUGGUUUCUGCUACUUUGCCUGAGGUUGAGGGUGAUCGAGACUCAAAGCCCUCUUGUUCCAGCGGGUCCCAUAAAACUUCGUUGGUUGCUCCACAACUCCAACAAUGUAGCAACACCAUCAGUGAAAGGAACACUUCCAACUUGCAAGAGGGAGGAGACAAUGACAGCUUAAAACAGUGACUGCCAAACGCCGUCAGGUUACUGAUUCGUUUGGAUGGCGCCAUAAUGGUGGGGCUCUCGUGCAGUAUGCACGUCAAAAAGUUCUAUGGACGGUUCAGUCUCAUUGUAUGUACAGAUAAGCAACAAAACAUUGUAACAAGCGGCCUAAUUCAGAGAAAAGCAAAAUCAAUAUCGGUCGAUAUGCCCCUACA